AUGUGGCGUUUUCUGGUUUUAUUUAUCUGUUGUAUUCAAUCUCCUUAUUCUUUGAAUACUGUUCAAAUUCUUGGUCUUUUUCCUGAAUAUCACUAUAAAACUUCUGGAUAUCUGAAUGCAAAUGAAUAUUCCGACUGGACAACUCAAUCCAUGAAAAUGUUUGAUACAGCUAUUAUUCUUGCCGAACGCUACAAGGUCUAUGUGAAUGGUCAGCCUAUCAAAGGCACUAUUCUUCCGACAAAUACAAUUAGUAAUGGAUUUGCUGAACUUGAGCUUGUCUGCCAAUCAAUUUCUAAUAUAAAUGAACACGAUGUUUUAGGUGUCGUCGGACCAACAAGUUCCACAAGUACGCGCUAUCUUGGUCCAUUUGCGGCGCGUAUUGGUUUACCACUUGUUUCUUACACCGCAACUAAUGCUGAUCUUGAUGACAAAUUAAAUUAUCCAACAUUCUAUCGUACUAUUCCUUCGGAUAUUCUUGCAGCUGAAGCAAUUGUGAAAUUGUUCAAAUAUUUUUCAUGGACAACUUGUUCAAUAAUUAUUGGAAAUGAUGAUUAUGGUUAUGGUGGAUUGAAACUCUUAUCAGAAGUUCAUUAUGCAAAUUUGACAAUUCAAGAGCGAUUAGUAUUUGAUCCACGAGUUGAUAAAUUUCAAGCUAAUUUAAAGCAAACCUUAGAAAAAAGUCGAUCUCGUAUUGUACUAAUCUGGGCUAAUCAUAGUUCAUCUACAAGAAUUAUUCAACAUGCUCUUCAUGCACGCCUUCUCGGUGAAAACUAUGUAUGGAUAACCACAAAUAAGGUAAAUGAAAAGAUAUUUUAA